AUGGGUGACCACGGCUAUCCGUCGCACGUUCGGCCAACAACGACAAGCACGAAUGCCAGUUUGCAGCAGCAGGGCUCUUUCCUGCACACCAUCACCCCAAUGAAUCGUGUACCACAGUACGCUGCUCCGCCGCCCGAUCCGGUGCUCAAUCCUGCGCUGCCUCCCAAUACGUACGGUUCGUCGGUGCCUCAUAUUCCGCCAUAUCAGCAGCAGCAGCCGCCGAUGAGAUCGCAUCGUCCUGCCUUCCAUCUCAAUCCAAAUGCGCCACCGUUUCAUCCCUCCUUCCCAUCAGUAUGCAUAUUUUUAUGCGUUUUGUGCUGUGUAACAGCGUUACAAAACGCAUAUUGUCACGGGGUUGUUUGUGUGUGUGUCCCACAUUUUGUCCCGCACUUUCAACUCGGGGACCACAAAAGCUAG